CAGAUAAGGAUGACAUACGAUGUCGAUGGGCUGAAUCAAGUAAAUAUGAAUGCGCCGGCGUGUGUAAGACCUUCCCUGGAGCCAUCCUGGACGAGCGAAAAUGCCAAAUAAACUACUUGGCCAAUCAACGUAUGGGAUGGUAUGCGGUUGCCAUCAUGGUCGAAGAUUUCACAGAUCAYUUAUCAUGGACUCCUUUAAGCAGUGUUCCCCUUCAGUUCUUGGUCCAAGUUUUUAAUUCCGCUGCUAACUGCACGAGUAAACCAGAAUUCAGUGGAGAAACGAGGGCAAGUGGGUCGUGUGUUGGAGUACYUCAUAGAUCGACAUUCAAAGAGCGUCUCGUUGCUAAAAGCCAAGGCAAGGGAAACAGUAUUGUAGAAAUCAAGACGAUCAGUCCCUCUGGACUCACYAAGUCUUCUUUGGCUCAGUAUUCUGCCAACGAAUGGUACGUAAACGUGACGUGGACUCCAAGUCAAUCACAAGUCGAUCCUGUCAUAUUCUGCUACACUGCUAUUGAUGCCCAUGGGUUGUCAUCUCCCCAAAUCUGUAUUACAUUUUUAGCUGGAGUUGCACCUCCAUAUAUGGUUGAUGAUUCACACUACCCAACAGGGUUAAUUUAUCCAGACCAUUCAAAAUGGGUUAUGAGAUUUGACAAAGAGUUUGUCCGUCCAAAGAGAAGCCGAUACAUCAGGAUUUUCAGAUYAGAUGGCACCGAGGUCUACACUGUUGAUGCUUCGAUCUCCCAUGACGUCAUCUACCCGGCAGGCUCACUGGGUCGAACACUUGAGAUUAGACCGUCAUUGAGAUUCAUUGAGAAAACCACCUAUUACAUGCUUCUUGAUCCAGGGAUUGUUCAAGGAACCAGGUAUUGUGGUCCAGAAUCUCCGCCAAUGAGAGAUCCUAAUUUCUGGAGGUUUACGAUAAGGGACAUUACUCCACCUGUGGUAACCUUUUUAUCAACCCCAUAUGUGACUAACAAUUCGACAACAAUAACAUGGAAGAUUAACGAACCUGCUACUACAUUGUGUACUGUCAGUACCCCUGACGGGACAACAGUGCAAGCCUGCAAUGAAUCAUGGRUCGGAUCUGGACUCAAAGAGGGUUAUCAUUGGAUAUCAGUUACUGCUACUGACAKUGGUGAAAACACUGCUCAACCAGUUACACACUACUGGAACGUUGAUUUAACUCCGCCAGAGCCAUACCUUACCACAAAACCUCAAGCCGUUUCCAAGGAAACAUCAAGUACAUUCCAAUUCAGCUGUCGAAGAGACAGCCCUUGUUAUUAUGAAUGUUYAGUCACUMAAGAUGGCGCCAAUCCAACGUACUCGACUUGCUAUGGAUCUGGGUUCGUCGCUCGUAAUCUUGCCAAUGAUGUUGUGUACGUCUUCCGACUUAAGGCACGUGACCGAGUGCGAAAUCAGGCCCAAGUUUUGUUGUAUAAAUGGAGAGUAGAUCUUCAGCCUCCUCAAUUUUCUAGCAUUCAAUCGUCUUCAAUAAACUGUACAAGAAGUGCGAUGUCAUCAACUGUCAAUAAGCCCAACGUAACAGACAACGAGGACCCGAUGCCUGCAAUGACACACAAAGACACGCCACUACAACAUGGGUGUGGUAUAGAAAGAGUAUGGACUGCCACUGACCGAGCUGGUAACGUUGCUACAGCAAAACAGACCAUUACUAUACGUAGUUCAGUGGCUCCCGUCAUAAAUUUGAUAGGAAGUAUUGUUGUGGCGUGCCCUACGACCAACAAAAUUGAUGACGAUAUCAAAAAAACCAUUAAUGUGUCACAUCCAUGUGGAAUCCCAACCCGACUGUCUUUUACUGACUCGCUGGCUGCACUGUACUGUGGAACAACUAUUACGAGAACUUGGAGAGCGAGGGAUAAUUGUGGACAUGACGUAACAGCCGCGCAAAACAUUAAAAUCCUUGCCUUACAACUACCAAAUUAUCCCAAAAAUGGACAAGUCAACGUCGAUCUAAAUCAGUAUUUCAACUGGCCACAAUACCCGGGCGCGGUCAGCUACAGAGUGUACAUAUGGAAAUCUACAACAGCAAAGCCAACAACACCAACAGCUGCAAGAACGUCUAGGUACUUUUACACAACGUCUGGUCAGCUCCCACAUGGAACACAGAUGCGAUGGCAAAUAGAAUACGUCAGAGGUUCAGGUGAAAUCAUACCUAGCCCCGUUUGGGGGUUCGUCACGAGGCAUUUCCCAGACUUUCGAAUCGAUAGCAUUUCGUUGCCACCGAAUGCUUUCUCGGGACAGACCGUAAGUGUUUCGUGGACCGUUGGGAACAUCGGAGGAAUUGGUAACGCAGCAUUUCGUUGGCAAGAUACAAUAUACAUUGGCCGAACGACUACUUUCUCGCAGGCUAGGCGGAUGUCAACAGUUAGCCAAGRAAGGUUUCUUGCUCCAAAUGAUGCUUACGUUGGGCGCGCAACACUCCAGUUGAGAGAUGAUGAUAUUGGGGUUUUUUACGUGUUCGUUGUUACCGAUGCCUGGAAUCAGAUUCGAGAUAUUGAUCGUUCAAAUAACAGAAAAACGAGUCCUACUUCUGUCAAGGUGUCUCUGACGCCUCCACCUAAUCUUGUUGUUACAACUAUUGUGCUGCCUACUUCGUCGUUCUCAGGAAAAUCCAUACUGGUCAAGUGGAUUGUAAAAAAUCAGGGUGUUGGGAUUACCCGUAGUACAAGAUGGGUUGAUCAGCUGUAUUUUUCGAAGGAUAACAAUCUCGAUAAUGACGAUAACUACCUUGGUUCCAAAGUACAURAUGGUUUUCUAUCAGUACAUCAGACCUACACAGAAACAAUGUCAGUCAAUGUACCUCGAGCAAUAUUUGGGGACUACUUUAUCAUCGUAAAGACGGAUGCUACAGACGUUGUGUUUGAAAAUACAGGAGAAAAUGAUAACAUAAAGGCAUCCACGUCAUCUUUCAAAGUGUUCUUGUCCCCGCCUCCGGACCUCGUGGUCAGCAGUAUAGAUGUGCAAUCAAAGUUUUCCACAGGAGACACUGCUUCAAUUGCUUACCGUGUGACCAACAACGGACYGGGAACACCGUUUCAAACUUGGUGGAGGGAUCAAGUAUUACUUAUAAAUCUUCAGACGAAGGAGCGCAGAGUUAUUGCAUCACCCAUAUAUUCUGGCGUCCUGCCUUCUGGGAGCUCGUACACCAGAAAAGUGAGCUUUGACAUUCCUCCCAAGAUGAAAACAGGAAACUAUACUCUUUCUGUACACAUAGACAUCUAUAAUCAAGUUUUCGAGUUCACCUACAGAAACAAUAACAUCAUCAGCACCAACUUUACUAUCAGCCAAGCUCUUCCCGAUUUGGUUGUACCGAAAGUUACAGGAGUGGUCACCAGUGAUCCUAUUGCUACUUAUGUGCACGUCAGCUUUACAGUCCACAAUAACGGAAAGGGAACAACCUACGGAGCACCUUGGUUAGAUUUUGUGUACUUAUCCCCUUCUAAGUCUUUCUCUUGGAAUACUGCAAGAAACCUUGGUGCUGUCACAAGAAAAACMAAUUUACUUCCAAAUGAAAGCUAUGAUAUGACAGCUACAAAGUUUAGAGUACCAAGAGAUGUUUUUGGAUUAAGAUAUGUAUUCGUUCUAGUGGAUUAUUACUCAUCCGUUUUGGAACAAAAUAAUGGAAAUAAUCAAAACCAUAGCGAGGUGGUUAUCAUUCCUCAGAACUUUCCAGAUCUUGCUUUAGAGAAGUUCGAUGUGUUGAGCGGCGCAUUUGCGUAUUCCGGAGACUCCAUUAACGUCUCUUGGAUCRUUAGGAAUAACGGUUCGAGAAGCACUUUGGAGUAUUUCUGGACAGAUGUUGUUUAUUUGUCAAAUUCUACCGCGCUUGGGUUUGGGGAGAAAAAGAUAUAUGAAAUUUCUGUCCAACCAAGACUACUUCCUGGACAAGUAUACAAACACAAGGCAACUGUCUCUAUUCCAGAAAAUAUGUACGGAGACUUCUUUCUGUUAAUCAAGAUAAAUAGCAAUGACUUUCUGAACGAAAAUGGUUCCAUCGCGAACAACAAUGCUUCGACACGACUUUCUUUGGAGGAAAUGCCACUGCCAAACCUUGAGAUGGUUAAGGUGACUUAUCAGAACGAAUCCUUAGAAAAUCUUAUACAAGUUAACUGGAAGGUCAAGAACGUUGGGUACUCAAUGACGAAAAUUAAAUUUUGGACCGACCAAAUCCUUCUUUCUCCGACAACUUCAAAGUUAACCGGUUCUGGAGUCUACAACUUAGGUUCAUUGGAUAUCAAGGCCAAAUUGUACUUUCAGCAAGAAUAUAGUGCCUCUGCAACGGUUUCCAUACCACGAGGUGUUGCUGGAAGACACUAUGUCCACGUUAUUGCCAAUCAUCAAGGCAAGCUGCGAGAAAACUCUCGAGAUCAAGGGAACAAUGGACAUUUUAUAAUUUAUAUUCCUUCAGAGUCAAGCAACGGAGCCGGAUCUGGCGGCCUCAACCCUGUGCAUUUGCCCGCGUUAGAGAUCAAGUUGCACAACAACGUCCACACAAAUGUGACAUGCGAUGAUUCCUUUUUAUUUAGUUUCCAGAUUUUGAACGAAGGAAAAGGUGAUGCAAGUGUUUAUUCUUGGACGGAUKCUGUUUAUCUGUAUAGUAAAGCAAAUGGUUCGUUACAAGAGAUCAUCGACUAUGGGAAGCCUCUUGCUUCAAGGAUUCAUACUGGUGGUCUUCGGGUUAAUGCUUCGUAUACGGUGAACACAAUUAUAACUAUCUCGUGCUUUGGAAGAAUGCUUGAUGGCUAUCUAUAUGCCUUCUCCGAUGUUUACAAUCGUACAGGCUGGAACACUCCACCAAUAGCCUGUUCCAAUAAAAUUUACAUACAAACAGGCCCCUUGCCGGAUCUCCUGGGAAUCUUCAUCAACUCCUCUCUGCGAACACAGGAAGGAAUGCCUCUAAAGGCUUCAUUUAAUGUGUCCAAUUUUGGCGAAGGUUCCACGAAAAGCGGUUGGGCUUAUGCUUUGUACUUGAGUGAAGACGUUCUCCAGGAUCMAUUUGAUUUAAAAUUGGCUUCAAUUGCCACAAACCUUCUCCUAGCACAAAACAGAUCUGUGUUGCUGGAGGCAACUAUAUUUAUACCCUACGACAUGGUUGGUAGCGACUAUUAUCUCCUGCUGGAAGUGGACAGUGGUAACCUGGUGUAUGAACUCAAUGAAGACAACAAUGUGGCUUAUGUUCUGCUUAAGAUACAAAAUACAGUAAGAACAGACAUACUGGUGUCCUCGGUAACAACUUCACCCAUGACACUCAAGUUGGGGUCAGAUAUUAAGGUGGAUUGGACUCUCAGGAACAAUGGUACUCAGAUAGCCAAAGGRUACAARUGCGAUACAGUUUACCUUUCUSAAGAURAAGUUUGGCAAAUAGAUGAUACAGAGGUUGCACAACCCAAAUGUGAAUUUACAUCGCUGCURCCAUACAAUAACGGSGUUAAUCGGGACAGGGCGUUUUCCUUACAGAAGCCCUUGCCRCUUGUUGCGCAGGGUCAAUAYCGYGGACUAGUAAARAGCCGUAGUAACAUACGAGAUCCUUUCCCUAACAACAACAUCAAGGCGGGACCAAAAAACAUCAACGUGACAUUUCCAUUGUUGAGCCUUGGAAGCUGUGUUGAAGCAGACAAUGGAAUAUCGGUGUUUAUUAUCAACGACGUACCACCCGAGAUGACUUUGAUCGUUACAGCACGUGUAAACGUAGUGACAUCAUUCCAAGACUUAUAUCUACGACRUAAUAAGCCUGCCUCUUCUUAUCAUUAUGAUGGAAAAUCAAAGUUUGCCAUGUCUYCCAAGCAAGAUGCGUUGGUAACCCCCACAAAGAAAGGUUCUUAUUAUGUCAUGCUUCAAAGGAACGACCAAACUCCAGCCCCUGGUGUCAAAUCAAGAGUCUGUGCAAAACUUGCCAAGUUUGAAAUCUUGAACAUUUUUCCAACUACUGUUGCUCCACUUGGAAAUGUAACGUUACGAGUUGAAGGCACGUUGUUCGGCUGGAAACUGGAGGUGUUUUUGAUAAGUAAAGAUGAAGAAAUAAAAAUAAAAGCAAAGCGAGUCUAUCGUUUCAGUUCCAUGUUGUUGUACGCCACUUUUAACGUACAAGGAUUAACUGAAGGCAAAACAUUUCGUUGCAAAAUUAYAGACACGGCUAAGAAUGCGAAUGCUGUUUUCAAGGACCCUGUAAAUGUUACCAAUGGGGUACCUGGAAAACUAACAGUUACCAUGAAUCGACCCCAAGCCAUUAGAUUACUCGAUACAGGUGAUAUAACARUCAGUUACCAAAAUAUUGGGGACACAGAUCUUUCGAGUCCUAUAAUAAUGUUUAGUGCAAAUGAAAAGUCUUUACUGAGGUAUGUACAAGAUGGACUACAACCAAGUACUUAUGACAAGUCUCUUUUCGUUGUCGCGCAGCCUUUAGAAGGUCCUGGAGGAAUAUUACCACCAAAGUCUUCMGGAAGAUUGAGAUUCCAGGCAAAGMACMUUCCAGGUAGCGGAACUGGAAGGUCAAAGCUCAGUGUGCGGUCCUUGCUGGACAACGACGAACCUCAUCUGUUUAUGGAAAGCAAAGRUGAACUCAAACCAAACCAUCUYUCAGAUGACCUAUGGGAACCUGUUUGGAARAACUUUCUGUCGUCUGUAGGAACGACUCAAAAGUCAUUUAAUCGUCGAUUAUCAAGUGUUGCGACACAGAUGAGUCUGGAUGGAAGGAGAUUACACAUGGUUGAUGAACUGGUUAAGUUUCAAUUGGACUUUGCAAAUGGUGUCCAAAGUGGACAUGCACUUCUAGAUAUUAUUGAUGUAGCGGAUCAAUCUUCCUCRAGCCUGCUGACUCUUCGUCUGGAACGCAUAUACAGUCCAUUCUUGACACGCCGUCGCGGAAAGGGAAUAUUCGGAGUUGGAUGGAUUGCUCCUUGGUGUGAAACUUCGGUAAACUUUACGAACAGCUCCGUAAUCCAAAUCCUUCAUAUGAGGGACAUGAUAACAUUCCAGCUGGUAAAAACUGGGUUCUUCUUGGCUGAUAGAAAUCGAAACAUCGAAAUCAAACAUAAUGAUAUGAUUGUCAACGGCGUCGCGUCCGACGAAUCAGAGCAACUCGUCUUUGACUUACAAACCAAGAAGUUAAAAGAAAUCCGUCGGGUGAAUGCGGAAAAUGAGACAAUAAACGUGACUUCCUACACAGCAGACAAUAUGCCAAGUCAACUGGAACAUUCAACAGGAGGAUCGAUUACUAUUGACUUUAACUCUCGUGGGCUUGUGAGGAAGGUCGUGCUGAUUCAGUCUAAUGGAGAACGAUUAGUAAGCUUGUACACAUACGACCCAGAAGUUCCUCUUCUCUCAUCCAUAACCUCUGAUGAGAAGACGUCGAGUUUUUCAUACACCAGCAAUCAAGACCUGGAAAGUGUGACAUACCCUAACGGCGCAACACUUCGCUACACAUACAAUCCCGACACUGGCUUUUUAGAGAAAAUUGUGGGGUUAACACCCGAGGGGCAAACAUCAAAGGCUGUGGAGUUCCAGUACAAUUGGGAUGGUUUAGUCAAAGUCAUCAAUUUGGUGGAUAACAGCAGUACGACGUUUGCUUUUGAUGAGACCAUGAAUGCGUUGUCAAUCACUGGGAACGAUGGGAUACCCUUUCGUACUCGAACUACGAUAUCUGGGAGCACUAUAGUCAAAAGUCUCAUUCAUGGAGAUCAGGUUGUCRARCAAGAAACCUUGGAUACAGAUAAAAUGACGUUACAAGUUGAAGAUGCCAACGGUGAUAAAGUCAUAUACUUGUUUGAAAAUGAUGGCAUUCCUCAGAACAUCACUGAUGCCGCAGGGAACGUCUUUAGAUUCAGUUACGAUAACACCACAAAGCGUCUCUCAGAAUCAAGGUUUCCUGAUGGGACCAGGGAAAUGUUUAGCUAUGACACCAAUAAGAACAUGAAAAGUAAAASAACGAGAAAUGGAAAACAAAUUCUUUAUGAACAUGGAGAGAAAGGGAAUUUGGUCAAAAAGUCCGUCCCCGAUGUUGGUCCAACCUACUACUUACAGGAUUCACGAGGAAACAUCAUCAUGGCGACAAAUAAGGAAGGAACGGUCACGCUGCGUUACAAUCGUGACAACAAACCAACAAGCGUUACCUAUCCCGAUGGGCGUCACCUUGAGUACAGAUAUAACAAGAAUGGUCAAAGAAUAGGCUUGUCUGAGAACUCUACAGGCUAUAACGUAACCUAUCACUAUGACAACUACAAUUCUCUCUCAGAAGUCCGCACUACUGGACCUGGGAGAACCCAAACGCUUCUUAGAAUAGAAUAUGACGCAGACGGAAAGCUGAAGAAAAGGAUUCUCGGAAAUAAUGGGUAUUCGGAAUACUUCUAUUAUCCGGAAACCAAAAGGCUACGUAAACUGUCCAAUGUAUUACCAUUUGGGAAUAUUUCAUCAAGUUUCGAGUACGAUUACGAUGACAAGGGAAGACCUAUAAAAAUCACUUCGAAGGACGGGAUUCGUUUAUUCGCGUAUGACGCAGCUUCUCAACUAGUUGGUUGGACAGAUGUCAUGAAAAAUGGCUCCAGAUACACACAUACAUACGAGUAUGACAGUCGUGGAAACAGGGUCUUCUCCACCAAUGGUGGCCACAGAGAGAACUAUGAGAGCAACAAUGUCAACCGGUACAUGUCAGUCGGGAAUAACAAGUUUAUUUAUGACAAGAACGGUAAUAUGCUCUCUAAAAAGAACACAAAAUCACGUGCCAAGGAUGUGAAGUAUGUGUUCAGCGAGGAGAAUGUGUUGCUACAAACAGAGACAGCGAACGAAAGGUGUGACUACGUCUACGAUUUACUGGGGAACUUGUACAAAAAGAAGUGUACCAGCGGCGAGACUCGUUAUGUUAUCGAUCCAUUUGGUAUCUUCGGCAGCAACAUGAUCGCCCAGAUUUCAGGAGGAAUAUCAGACUUUUUUGUUCACUCGGAGCAAGGAAUACUGGCUCGAUUAAACUGGCAUGGCUCUGCAACUUACUACGAAUUUAGCGGAGAAGGCUCGGUAACUGGGCUUAUUGGGCCAAAUGGAGAGCACCUCAACUCUUAUCAGUACGAUCCAUUUGGAAAGAUCAUGUACUCCCAUGAAACUGUGUCUAACGAUUUCCUAUUUGUUGGACAAUGGGGCGUGGUAGGAGAGAAGGGCAUCCCGUUCCUGUACAGGAUGCGAGAAAGAUUUUACGAUGCAGAGAUUGGUAGAUUUAUGAGCUACGACCCAUUAGGCUACAAAACCCUCGACACCAAUCUCUACCAAUACGGCAACAACAACCCUAUGCUGUUUAAAGAUCCCCAAGGACGUUUUGCUGUUUCGUUGUUGGCAUCUGGUGGAUCUGGAGUUUUUUGGUAUGGCUUGGAUAAGAUAUCAAAGGGGGAAAAAAUUACUCCUGGAGGAAUUGUGGGAUCGUUUGUUUCCGGUGCUAUUACUGGUACAGUGAAAACGUUCAACCCAUACGCAAAUGCAGCAAUAGGUGGAGUAGCCGCUGGUAUCCAGUAUAGAAUUGAGAACUUCAUUGAUGGCAAACCCUACAAUAAUAAGGAUUUUCACGUUUCUGUUAUUAAAGGAACGAUACCUUCUAUUGUCAGCAAAAUAGUUAUUAUCGAUCGACUGGUGGACAGAUAUCGUAAACAAAUAGAGGAGGCGAAGAAAAAAAUUAAGGAAGCGUGUGAGAAAGUAAAGACGAAGUGGCGAAACACCAAGGAAUAUAUCAAUGACAUCAUAGAAUGGAUGCGAUCGAUUGACCCGAACGACAUAAUCGGGCCGACAGGGUUCGGAGAUUCUCGGUUUAUUGCCGAAGAUACCUUACUGGACUACAUGAUACGCUUCGAGAAUGAUCCAAAUGCCACUGCGCCUGCGCAACGAGUUGUUAUCACACAUAAGUUGGACCAGGAUCUCGACCCGAGGACCUUCAGGAUUGGUUCGUUUGGUUUUGGUAACUUUACCAAAGAGCAACCUCCCAGUCCUUUUCUACAGGAAACACUUGAUUUUUCGAACGACAGAAAUCUACUAGUGCGAGUUACAGCAGGUAUUGACGUGGUUCAGAACGAGGCGACUUGGGACCUACAGAGCCUCGACCCCAGGACAGGUGAGCCACCACGUGACCCUAGGCGUGGAUUUCUGCCUCCCAACAACGGGACAACAGGUCAAGGAUACGUGACGUUUAGCGUUCGUGUCAAGAGUGGUGUAAAACCGCUGACCAGGAUCGAUGCUAAAGCAAGCAUUGUAUUCGACCGCAACGAAGCUAUCGACACUCCACCGAUAUUCAACACGAUCGAUAACUCAGAGCCCAACACUAACCUGACUGUACUACAAGACCUUCUAAAGAAAGGAUCCCUGGCAGUGGUUCUAGACAAASAAGACAUUGGUACUGGUGUGCAAUCGGUGGACAUUUACUAUCAACAAGUACAAGGUGAAGAAAUGAGUCGUCUUAUGCAUCCAAGCUUCAAGCAACUUCUAGAUGACGUCACUGAGGAUACCGUUAUCCUACCAUUGGCUCCUGGGAAGUCUUAUCGACUAGUUACGUCAACAGUAGAUCACGUGGGAAACAAGAGAGGCCUGGAAUUUUCGCGGUCAAUAUUUGUUGAUUUUCCAGAAAGGAUAGGAUCCUGUUCACAUCUUAACAAUUGCUCAGAUCACGGCACCUGUUCCAUGUUCAGCGUUUGUAUCUGUGAGAGACGCUUCUACGGUAUGAACUGUUCACAAGAAAAGCCGYCUCUUGCGCCCCCAGUUCUUGAGGCAUGGACCAGCGGUGGUACAGAGGAUAAACCUAUUCCCAUGUAUUUGUUCGCUCGUGUUGGUAACGUCACGAUUGAAGAUCCCAUAUUAUCCCUCAACAUAACCAUACUUGGUCUGCCGGAGUCAUUUAUAAUUAGCCGAGGCAUGCGCAGUGGGGAAACAGUUCUUUUACGCAAAGAAGACUUUGGAAACAUGACUUUGACCCCUGCGAAAGACUUUGCAGGGAAUUUAACUCUAAAUAUUUCGGCAGAGCUUAAGACGGAAUACGAGGAAUCGCUUACAACGACCCUUUUGCCAUUCAGUGUCACUGCACGAGCCGAUGUGCCAAAUCUCAUUACCCAAGACGCAUGCGCAACUAAUAUAUCCAAUACGACGUGGACUAUACCGCUGUUCAUAAAUAGUUCGCUUACUGACAUCGAUGGCUCAGAAAGUCUGUCGGUCACGUUGUCAGGGUUACCUGAUGGUUACGAACUAAACAAAGAACCCGAGAAUGGGACGCAUGCGCAAUACUUAGAACCUGCUUCUCUUACCGGAUUGGUCGCUCAGCACGAGGGAAUGUUUAAACCGUUUCUUCUAAAAGUCGUGGCAGCUUCUGUAGAGAAAUCAAACGGGGACAGCGUGAAUGUCACGCGGAUGAUUAACGUCACAAGAUGCAUUGUAAAAUUUACAUGUUAUGCAGUCAAUAACUGCUCUAAUCAUGGAGUCUGUGUUGCACCAGACGAGUGCAGGUGCGAGACGGGAUACGCAGGAUCAGAUUGCUCUGAAGAGUCUGGCGUGACCGAGAAAAUGCAAAUAGAUAUGAUCAUAGGAAUUAUAUUGGGCGGUGUGCUCUUUUUAAAUUUGAUGGUCCUGGUGAUCUGUUGUUUGAUCCAAUUAAAGAAAGAUCAAGCGAAGAACAAAAUAUCCACCAGGAAUACAAGGCGAAAUAUGCAAUCCCAGUACAAUAAUCCCAGUUUCGCACCACUCUGAAUAUGAGCAACAGCAUAGUUGGUGUAGCAGUACUAGUCCGUAAAAAAAUAGCUGAAAUAGGUAUGUACUGGUGACCAUAGCUAAUUGAGGGGAAUGAAUUCUCCUCUAUUAGCUAUGCGUGAGCCAGGCAAGUGUAUAGGGUCCAAAAUGCAGGUAGCAUUAGAGCUACUGAACUAGAAGGCUUUUAGCGAGACUGAGAACAGAAUGGUUUAGAAAACGGUCAGGAACGACUAACCAUAAAUAUCAUAAAUGUUGAAUCACUCUUUUUCAAGGACUCUCGGAAUUCGCACAUCGGAAUUCGGGAUACUAUUCCGCACUAUUUUACCAUAAAGCAAGAUAAGCGCACUAACUUCCUCUAAUCUUCCGAUGCUUUGUAGGCUGAUCUUAGACAAAAAACAAGAGAGAGGGCGAAAAACGAA